AUGACGGGCCACUCGCUGGUGAUCAUAUGCUGCUACUUGUACACCCUGCUCAACACGGCAGCCCCGCACUUCUCAAAGCUAGACUUUGAUGAAUACGGAAAGAAGGAGGCCUCGUUGUCUCUGAAAGACAUCCUACCUUUGAAUCCGAAGCAGUACGACAAGCACAGAGCACCGAAAUUCCACGGACAACCCACUGUCGUUUAUUUCCACGUGACGGUGCUCAGCCUGGACUCGAUAAAUGAGGAAUCGAUGACGUACGUGGCCGACAUAUUUCUCGCGCAGAGCUGGCGGGACUCUAGGCUGAGGUUGCCGGAGAACAUGUCCGAGGAUUACAGGAUACUCGACGUCGAUUGGCUGCACAACAUCUGGAGACCCGACUGCUUCUUCAAGAACGCGAAGAAGGUCACCUUCCACGAGAUGUCGAUACCGAACCAUUAUCUCUGGCUUUAUCACGACAAGACGCUGCUCUACAUGUCCAAAUUGACAUUGGUGCUCUCCUGCGCGAUGAAGUUCGAAUCCUACCCUCAUGACACUCAGAUUUGCUCGAUGAUGAUCGAGAGCCUCUCGCACACGACCCAGGACCUGAUAUUCCUGUGGAACACAACGGAUCCCCUGGUGGUUAAUCCGGAGAUCGAGCUGCCGCAGCUCGACAUAUCGAACAACUACACGACCGACUGCACGAUCGAAUACUCGACCGGAAACUUCACGUGCAUACAGAUCGUCUUCAAUCUGCGCCGGAGACUGGGCUAUCACCUGUUCCACACGUACAUCCCAUCCGCCCUGAUCGUCGUCAUGUCCUGGAUCGCCUUCUGGAUCAAGCCGGAAGCCAUCCCGGCGCGGGUCACCCUCGGUGUGACGUCACUGCUGACCCUCGCCACGCAGAACACGCAAUCCCAGCAGUCUCUGCCGCCGGUGUCGUACGUGAAAGCGAUCGACGUAUGGAUGUCCUCGUGCAGCGUGUUCGUCUUCCUCUCCCUGAUGGAAUUCGCGGUGGUGAACAACUAUAUGGGACCGGUCGCCACAAAGGCCAUGAAAGGCUACUCGGACGAGGAUCUUCGAGAGGCCAUCGACGACUUCAAGACGCGGAUCAGGUCGGACGCCGAGAGAAGCAGAAGUCCGACGAGGCCGCCGACGAUGCAGUACGAACGGUGCUGCCGAGGACGCGCCACCGCCGUUUACAUCGACAAGAUCUCCAGAUUCUUCUUCCCGUUCUCGUUCUUCAUCCUCAACGUCGUCUACUGGAGCACCUUCCUGUAACGCAAGUCGGCGAGCGAGACGCGCGCCCCCGGCUCGGCGGGAGCCGCCGGAUGCACUUUUACAGAGUUCGAAUUCACGGGGAAGGGUAUCGCGCGAGGCGACACAGCAAUAAACGCCGAAGGUGUUUGUAUCCUGUAAGAUACCAUAUGUAAAAUACGGCACAAUAAAUGAGUUCAGCAACAGUGGGAUCGAGUGCACGCGUUUCUCUAUCGAGGGUACAUCGUGUGAUCGCGAAACUCGCCAGUACGUUUUGUUUUGAUCGCAAAUAUAUAGAAAAAAUCCCCGACAAUCUGGGAUGGGUCCGAGCGAUCGGCGUUAAAAUGGCUGUCGCGAGAUACGUUGGAAAUAUUCACGUAACAAAUUGCGGGUCAUAUUGCGAAACAAAUAUCACCGAGAUUGAUUUUAACCAAUAUUGACUGAUUUAACUGUCAAUUCAAUUUACUCAUUCGAGGUGCGUCCCGUACCUCGGCUGAGAUUGCAUUUUGCAAGGAACAUUUUGCCUUUAUAAAUGGAAAUUAUAUAUAAUAUAUAUUAUAUCGGCGGUGCGCUAACGUUUUUCUCUCACGUACGCUCAUUUGAAUUACGAUGAUGACUGUAACCUUAAACAUACCGCUGGACUCAUGAAUUCUCUCGUUGGUAACUGGAAUUUCUGACCGCAAACAUUUGGACGAAUGGACCGCUUUUGCUCCGAAGAAGUUAGAAGUUGAUGCGAAAAUGUGAUCAACGCUGUGACACAGCAAAUGCUAUACCGCUCGUAGCGCAUUAACUAAUUAAUAAAAAUACAGGUACUCACCUACUUCACGCCUGUAUUCUGACGGUGCAACUUCGAAGUCAGAAGCAUAGAUUGUACGAAUUACAUUCUCCGAGGCAUUUACAUUUGAGGUAAGUAAGGCGAAUAAUAGCCGUCCGCCGGUGAUAAAUAACAAAAUACGUGGCGCGUCGCGAGGGGUUGCAUAUUAACACGUUGAAAUGUCAGAUGUAAUAUUUUUAAUUAUCGACGAAAGAGAGAGAAAUGCACUUUUAUUAAAUGCAGGCUGUAUAAAAGGCGGGCUGCGAAUGAGUGGCGUGUGCUGUGCCUGACGCAUCACGGAGCAUUACUACUGCGGUGCGCCUCCGACGCGCUCCGGGCGGUAAUAAACGCAGCGUUUAUCGGCGUUUCUCCACCGAGCGACGCAACGUCCCGCUGUAAAUGAUUUUCCUUUCUUUUUUUUCUAGAAUUCAAAGCCUUUAUAUAAAACAACUCCGUUAAUGGAUUUCACUUCUUCUCCUUUCCUCUCCUUCUCUUUUAACCGUUCGAAUUAAUCUCCGCGUGUCAUCCUUGCACAAAUUCCCCCGCUCGAGGAUCUACGUUCGCGAAAUUCGCGAUACGGAAAUCCCCGGAUCAGUGGAUCGGUGAUCAGAUAAAAGGGAAUCGCGAUGGAAGAGUGAAUUUUCGACGAAACGCGGAGUGUCGGAACGUAACAAAGGCCGGGGCGCGUGAUCAACGGCAACAAUUGGGAAUAAUCAACGGCAGAUUUACAAAUUCAUGGCGCAGCCGGAAUACGCGUCACGUGAGAAAAUAAUUCAAGUGAAUUAAUUGACAUCUCUCUCGUCUUGAUGUAAUUGUCGCAUUAAUCGUCAGAUAUAUUCGAAUCGUCGUUAUUGUGGCCCGCAACCAAUAAACGAUGUGAUCAACGAUAUCCAUAAUGGACGAGUAACGCUCAAAUAAACAAUUAUCCUCUGUGCAACAGUCGUAGUGCAAUUAAACAAAUCUAAAUACGGCCGUCGGACGAAUUUUCGAACGAAUAUUGCUCCCGGGCGACAUUGGAAGGCAACGUGAAAAGGUAAAAAUUACGACGAAUCCGCGAGAGCAGGAUUCGUGGAAGAUUCUGCGGAUCAGAAUUUUGCGCCGAGUUCCGCUUCUCGAAAUAUUUUCGUUCUCCGUAAAAAGGGAUUAAAUUUCCGCGAAUGGGUAGGUUCACGCACACGCACGCACACAUACACGCACGCAUUGAGAGAAACUUGCGGCGCAGUCAAAAUCCGCCGACACGAAAGGUUUUCCACACCGCGGUGUUAUUCCGAUCAAGGAGUCUCUUAUGUUCCCUCUUAUCACUGUAUGCAGAGAGUUUCUCGCGAGUAAUAUAAUCUCGAUAUGCUCGAUAUGCUGGAGGAUAUAAAAAUGCGGAAAUAAAAGGAUAAUGGCCGGAUAAUGGCGUACGCGAAGUCCCUUCGAUAAUGAUUUCCACUUCGUUGUCGCCAUUAUCAUUUAUGCGUUAUCGUAACGUGCGGUCGGGUUUCGCACGCUGAAAGCAGCGAGCGAGAGAGAGAGAGAGAGAGGGAAGGCGAUAAAAGGGAGAAUUCUCUCCUCCCCCUCUCGUUUCCCGCAACACUUUUCUCUCGCUCCAGCAUUUUCCUCGCGCCGGUAUAUCGCUCUUCGCGAAUAAUUCUUACGGCCCCCCGGCGGAAGGCCAAUAAAAUUAUCAAUCAGCUGAAACUUAUUAAUUGGAUAAUUAAAUGAAACUUUCAACGCGCAACACUCAACGCGGACCCGGUGGGAUUUAAUUAGGCCACGUCGGACGCGUAGAAAGUGUUCUAAUCGCGCAGCGUGAAAGAUAUCGAUGGAUAAUUUCUCUCACGGAGAGUUAUUCGAAAGAAAGAGAGAGAGAGAGAGAGAGAAAGAGAGAGGGAGAGAGAAAAAGAGCAAUCGCCCGGCAAUUCUCUCGCGCGUAUAUUAUCGUCGACCCUACGCGAGCCUCACACGAGUGUGAGGAGCGAACGAGGUGGUGAGGGACGCGAAGAUAAGAGAGCCGGCGAAAAUUCAAGAAUCAGAUUCCCCGCGGAUUUGCAUUCCGAUCCGCUCCAGUCGCCGGAGAUCGCAGCUUUUUUAAUCCUCUUGCGGAGUUGCGCGCCAGAACUGCAAUUCCUGGCCAUAUCAUUAGACGCACUUCGAUUCUUUAAUAGAAUACAGGUCAGGAGGGGAAGAAAAGCUACUAAUUUUAUAUUUACUCGAUUAGAAUAAAUUUUGGGAGGCGGCCCUUUCACCCUCUUCUUUUAAUCGCCGCAAUUAAGUACAGCCGCCGCCGGUCCUCAUCAUCCGGAAAUCGCUCGGCUGCGAAAAGCUGCGAUUAAUCGCGGCGAAGCGCGCCCGCGUCGCGAGUAAUUAUAUUCACGCGAGGAAUCAUAAUUGUCGCCGGGCCGUGAAUGGACCGCCUCCGUUCCCCCCCGGUGGGCGCGUCGCCCCCGAAAUAUUCCGCUCACGUCCGCUCUUCAUCUUCGCCCUACAUUCCGCGAGCCGGCGCCUUUCCUCGGGUACGCCCGCCGCUUCCGCGAGGAAACGCCGACGAUAAUUCCGCAACGUCCCACGGACUGCCGCCUGCCCGUGACAGGUGUCACCGACGCGCCGCGCUUAAUUAGCCAUUAGGAGCUGAUACAAUUGUUUAUCGCCCGAUACAUCGGUCGCCCGUCCGACUGUCCGUUCGCUGUUAAUUUAUCGUCACCCGGUGGUAAAAGCGGCGUCGCGCGGUCCGCUGCGACUCUCGCGUCUUGGGAGACGAAUUGGACGCGGCGGCGGGGAAAGCCAGUUGAAAAUUUGACGGGAGAUUUGCGAUCCAGUUCUUUUUUACCCGAGCCUGCAUGGAGAAAUAUAAUUUCACCAGCGAAAGCAUUAUUACUGUCGCGUAUUCGUUGCGACAACGAUAAAAUUUAGCUGGCAUAAUUAGCGAAUUAUCAUCAAAUUAGCGAAUUAUUCGUAAUUAGAGCAGAAACAGUUUGCCAGGAUAGAAACUAUUCCGCUGAGUGAACUUGUGCCCCUUAGGGACACGUUAAUCUACUGUUAGCACAAAACAAUGUUUUCCUACAUUCGCUGAUUUAUUCUUAUAGAAAAAUAAUCUGUAAAUUCAGUAAAAUGACCCAACGGAAAGCAAUUAGUAAUCUUAAGUCGUUUUGCCGUCUACAUAGCAAUAUAUUUUGCUUCGAUAGUAUAAAAUUUGCUGUGCCAACGAAUUAUUUUUCUCCGUGUGGAAUUUGGAAUAUUCAAUAUUAAACAUUACAUUGUCCCCGUGUCUAUUGACUUCGUGUUCGGAAAGGUGUAUUUCAAGCCGGCCUGGUCGUGAAAAUGGAUAAAUUACCACGAAAUCUAUGAAAAAAAGAUCUAUUCUAAGUCGUGGAAUCUCACGAUACAUAUUUCCGAUAAUAUCGCCAUUUAAAAAGAAAAGGAAGAAUAUAAUUUACCAAAUGUUUCGUAUUGACUUCGUAUUCAGAAAGAUGUAUUUCAAGCGGACCUGACCGUGAAAAUUGAUAAAUUACCACGAAAUCUCCAUGGAAGGAAGAUCCAUUCUUAAUCACGAAGUCUCAAGAUACAUAUUUCCGAUGAUAUCGUCAUUUAAAAGAAAGAAAAGGAAGAAUACAAUUCACCGAAUAGCCCGACGUGCGUGAGCCCGUAGUGAAAUCCGCUCGGCACGUUGAUAAGCGAUCAAUGAGCGGAAAGUUCUAAGCGCCCUGAGCGAGACUCGUCCAAUCAAAUCGCAUCGCGAUGGAUGGAUGGCGACUCACGCUCGGCGGCCGCGAACUUCCGGCCAGAGCCUUCGGAGCGGAGAGUUAUUACCCGAUUUAAAAGCCAAAUGCAAUCUAAUGCGAUUGCAACCGAGAUUUAGACGAGUGUGCGAAUCACGGGCGUGGAGGGGGGAGGGUGGAUUCGCGCGCUGAUCUAUGCCGAAAGGGCGAUCGAAACGCGACGAUCGAGCCGCGGUGUGUAGCGCCGUGUUUGCAGUAGUCUCGUUAACGAGAUCCCUUCAUUUGCGUAAUUAACUAUCGACUUUCUGUCGGCGGCGCAGUUAGCCGAGCGUCCCGUCGAUCGUUAAUAGAUUCCGGACGACGCGGACGGAUUCGCUAAGAAACCGGCCGCGAACGCUCGGUCGUUUCGAGAAUCGCCGCGCGGAUUCCGCAGCUUGCGAAAGCGGCGCCGGAGUACCGGAGAGUCGCGCUUGCGUUUGAAUUUCUUCGUAAUCUUCAACCCGUCGCGGGAUCAACUAUUAUUAACACGGGUAGGGGAAGGGGGAGGCUGCGUUAGCGCUACGUGAAAUACGACGUUGUAUUUCACCGCGGGUCGUCGUCGCAUUACGCUCGCAAAAUUACGUAGUAAUGGGGCAGUUAAGGUGAAUUUAACUACGUCGUUUCGCCGCCGGUGAAUUAUUUUAACCCGUCCGUUAUUUCAACCGACGUUCGGCUCCUUCGGGCUUAAAAACGCGCUGGAUGCUCGUGUUUUUAAUCCAGCUGUCCGCUCGGACGACGCGCACCGUGUCGCAGGAGCUGAAUCGAUAACGCGUGUCCCGAUAUCGAAACUUCGUAAGGAAUUGCUUAAAGAGUUGCUCGUUACGCGCUGCUCCAACUCUAAAUUGCAAAAGUUGCCCCUGCACGGGCCAUCGCAAGUUCAGCCGCGCACUCACUCUCCCGCGAACUUGAGGCCAUCUCCUCAACAAAAGGCCGAAUAUCAUCGGUCGUCGGAAUGAUUAAUAAUCGAUGCUCUUAACAAAUCUUUUUGCUGUCCAAACGAAUCUUCUUGCUGUCGCUAUACAGUGACAAAAAAUCUGCCGUGCAAAAAACUUCUCUCUGCGAAUAUUUCACCGUUUUCACUCCUACACACGGUCGUUUUUAACCCGUUUUAGCCAGUCCUGUCAAUUUUAUGCUUGUAUUCCCAAGCACACCCAGUCUAUUAAACGGAGGAAUAUGACGAGUAUGCCUGAGUAUUUUUAAAGAGAUCGCCCGUCUUCAAUACUCGUUUUCCAGCUGAUGAGUGACAGCACGCUAAUACGUUCCUCUUUAACUCAGUUUCGCCUCGAUACGGAAAGAAGCACGUUAAAGUGUCGUGCAUUUAUUCGUGCUAUUUCAAAAUCGUGCAAUGUGAAUGCCUUCGAAUGUUAAAUAAGUAUUCUGCACUCGUAGUUGAAUGUACAUUUGCACACCUUAAAUUUAUACAGUACCGUACGAGUUUACUGUUCCAAGUACUCAAUAGUACGUUAAUACCAUUCGGAUAUUCUCGUACGCAAUCCGCUCGUUAUUACGGAAAAGUGCUUUCCGACCUAAAAACGAGGUCGCGUUCACUCAGCCGAACGCACGCUUUCAAUGCUCAAACUAACCGUUUGCGCGGGAUAAAAACGGUGAGAUAUUUUUCUAAAGGUUUUCACGGGACGAAAAUGCAACGAGAGAGCUCGAGAGGAUUACUCGGUACAUUUAGAAAAUACUAAUUAUAGUAAAAAAAAAGAGAGAGAGAGAGAGAAGAGCUGCGAAACGACCGAAUUAGAAAAAACGAGCAAAGAGAGCAGCGAUCGAUCGAGCAGGGAAUAGAACGUGAUAUAAAAUUGGCGUUGGUCAAACACGCGACACUGCACCUUUGAAACAACAAUGUUCGCCCGUGAAUAAUGAAGAUCGCAAAUACGCGACUCGAAUGCAUAGAGCUCUUGGUUGUUUAUGCAGACAGGAUAUAAACUCAGCCCUAAUAGCAGCCAUUUUAAUUGUCGGAAACGUAAUAUCGCUCGGUGGAGGUGAUAAACUCAGGCUAUAAAUAUCCGUUAUAGUUUACCCCCCCCCCCCUUGUCCACGCUCCAGCUGAGGCACUCAUCUCUGCCCACUCGUUCAAUUUUGAAUUUAAUCCGAUGUGAACAAAGUCUAAUCGCGGUAUUGCGUGCACCAAAAGCGUCAUUACGCGGUUUAUCUCGUGUUACGAGAUUACAUCUGCAUUAUUAUAUUAUUAAUUAGUAUCGUCGUAUUAUGUUGUGAUUAUCUGUAUCUGCAACAAAGUAACCUGUGUGAUUACACGCUCAUAUACGAACAUGAGUUUAAUGAUAGAAAACAGAGUUAUAGGAAUUAUAUUCGAAGCUACGGCUCUUCGAAGCCUCGAAUUUCUGAACCUUCGACACGUUACAUUCGAAUAUGAAAUUUCGAAGCGUGGAAAUUCGAGCACAUUGUUCGAUAGUAACCGACGCUUUAAACUUAAAUUUUGAUUUCACUUCGCAAUUAUCCGCGACGGUUUUCGCCUCCAACCUCUCCGGACUCGCUGAGUUACGCAAAAACGAGAUCCCAUUGCAGGUUGUGCAAUUUUCGCGAGAGACGCGACAGCUUUUUACCGUCGCGAACGCGACGGUUGGCAAUAAACCGACCGUUAUAAACGUUAAUUUUAUCUCUGUCUCAUGUUUGCCAUUCAAUUCAUCUUCCCGUUUAUUUCCGUUAUUUUAUUAUUCAUGAAACGACACAAGAACUAGUCUCCAGUCGUCAGCGUUAUAAUUCCCGGCGAGCGAAUUCCGGAUUUCCGGAGGACGAAAUCAACGAGAGAAGAGCGAAGUGGCCGUUAAAUUCUACUGCAAAGUAUAAAUUUCAAUUUACCCUCCUAAUUACACCGUCUAAGUAUAAAUAUAAUAAAUAUAAAGCAAUUAUAAAUUUCAAUUCAUCGUUUCAAUUAUGUGCCGUCAAACUCUCGCUCUCUCGGUCUUUCGUUUCGUCCGCAAAAUUAAACGAGCGAAUGAAGAUUUCUGUAUCGUCGACGCUUUAAAAUUUCGACGAGUUUGUGAGACAGGCGCGGGGUUGACAAUAAAGUUGACCCGUAAGUAUGAAUUUUAAUUUAUUUCCUCUCUGAGUUAAGGCGUGGAAGCUAUCGAAGAUGGACAACACGUCUUUGGCUAAAACGUCUUCACCUCUAAUUACAAUCGUCGGCGAUGCGCGGUCGGCUGAUCGGCGAGUGGCCGUCGGCAAGAUUGGGAUAUCGCGAUUCCUCCUCCGCUUCGAUCAAAAAUAUCGUCGUUAUCGUCGUCACGGCAAUAAAUUCGCGCGGCCGUCGCUGUUCGAGCUAUCCGACCGCGCGGUCCCAACGCGCACGCGCGCAAUCGAGCGUCAUCGCGCCGGUGGUAAUUACAAAAUAGGAACUUUACGAACGCGAAACAAGAAGAAAUUCUAUCGUCAAUCGUGUAGUCACGUUGUGUCACGUAUAUAUAUACGCGUGUGUGUGUGUGUGUGUGUAUCCAGUAAGCAAGAAAUCAUUAACACAACAUUAUUACAAUAAUACUUUAUAACACAUAACGUUUUCAAAUACGUAGUUUUUAAUGUUGUACAUAACGUCAUUGUUAACAAUAUCUGACCCGAAGAUUAAAAAUAAUAUUUAUACAAUAUGAUUUUAAUAUUUCAGAAUAUUAUAUCACCAAGUAACAGUAGUUCGAAAACAUUUAUAAAAUAUUACGUUAAAAUGUUUAUAAAGUCCGCGUGAGAUCGAUGUUUCGAAAGAUCGAUUUGACGUUUCUUGCUUACUGGGUAAGUCGUUACGAGUUACGCGUAAACUAACCGCACCUCGUACUAUUGAUAUACAAAACUUACUUGCGACGUUUUACACGUAUUUACAGUUACUAAUGUUAUUUUAAUCUACGUUAACGAUAACGACAACUUAUAAGUUAUUAUUAACAGAUGCUUUGCGCGCGCGUGCGCGACGGAGUGUUCUCGGUACAUUCGAAAUUCAAACGUAAUUGGCGUAAUAAUCGUAUUAUCCGAAUAUUCCUCGCACGAGAUGUUCUCCGCUCGAUCAGCCGAGCGGCGACGAGCGACGGCCCGGUCCAGCGUUUCUCGGAUUUCCGAUCAUAGAAGAGAGACGCACACACACACGGCAACACACGCCGGUAAUCAUCGCGUCCGCUUACGUUAAUUCUACGGUGUAUCGGGAACGAUGUCGUACGAGGGAUCGAUCAAGAGCGAGCUCAUUAUCCCCGCCUCUUGUUAGCUUGAAUUUUCACCCGCCAAGACGGCACGAGCGUCCACCGUUCUUCGGCCAUUCUGAUUCUAAAGCGUCCAGCGUUGGAUGCGGACGCGUCGCUCCAUGCUGCUUCAUUAUAUUCGCACACAUCUCUAAUUAUGGUAUUGAUAAUACGGUACUGAAGUAACUUUCAGCUGCACUCCGUAGAAACGCUGCGCGCUUUCAUUCAUUUCGUCGCGUGUCGGCGACCGGACGAGUCCUAUAAUCUCCCGAUUUAAUUAGUUUGACUUAGGAAUAUACAUAUAUAUGUGUACAUAUAUAUAUAUAUAUAUAUAUAUAUAUACAUACAUGCCUAGGCGUUCGCUUCUCGUCUUCGACGUGCGCGAGUUAUGCGAGCCAACGAUCGAAGGACCGAGUGAACAAAGAGGACGCAUUACAUUUUCCGCAGGAGCCGAGUCGUUGAAUCAUUAUUAUCGCGCGUUGAGUAUCGGUUUAACGUCUGUUCAAUUGGCUUUCAGAGAAGUUCGUACAUUUACGAAAAAAUCCUCUGUAUCGUUCGUACGUAAUUUUUCCGAUUUCACGUUAUCCGAGAAUAGCAUUGAAGAUUUUAACGUGCGAUCUGAUACGCUCGUAUUUUGGCUACGUGAGACUCUUAAAAUCUUAUUUCACGGCAUUCUGGUGAUUUACAGAGAAGUCGCAUUGUGCCACAUUUAUCUUUGAAAUGUUAUUUAUAAGUUAAUUUCUAAAUAUACUGAAACACUGUUGAAAAUUAUUUCGCAAAUCCAGAGAAAGAAGCUCAAAAUUAUCGAUUUAAAAUAACCGUUUCAUUCGGAGAAAAAGAGAGAAUUUUUAUAUCGCAUUACCAGAUACGUUAUAAGUUUCAAUCUGACUGAAAGAUCAACAAUGCGUAAAUAUUUGGAAGAGUUAACGACUCUAUUCACCUGGCCCCUCAAUCGUGAACGAGCGAUCGGGCUCCAAAACAUGCCCAAUUGUGUCCCGUUCCAACGGUGUGAUUACAAAAGAAAAAAAAGGGAAACCGAUUGUAAAGCGACGAAGCAUUUAAUCCUAAAUGGCGUAUCAAUCGAGACGUGACGAGCCAUUAGCGGCGGUUGAACAUUAUUUUAACGCAGGUUACACGUAUAUAAAAAGUACCUUAACACCUGAGAUACAAUCGGAUGUCGCGUGUCGUUCAAUAAUUCCCCUCCGGUGCAAUGUCGCACAGUAUCGUACGCGCAUUAUCGUCAGGGUAUCGCGAAAAAUCUUCUUCGGUGCGAUACUGCCGUCGGACAAUUAGUCCGAGCGCUUUUCGCGCUUCCCGCGCUUUCGCCCGAGGAAUUUCUCGAUCGUACGACUUCUUUUUUUGGAAACACGAUCGCUCGAUUGUAACAGUGAAACGUGAUUGCGUCGAGCGUCAACGCAACUGCGGGCAAUUGUCGUCGACACUCGACAGGUCUGUGGACGGCGUCCUGGUUGGAAACAAAAAUAAAAAGAAAAAAAAAGGAAUAGGAAGGAGAAACAAGGGUGGAAAAUCGCGCGUUCGCACGAUGAGGAAUCAAUGCCGAAGGUACGAACGGAUUAUCGUCGCUUUGUCAACUGACACUCCAUUUGUCUUUUCCCCCUCGGUUAUCGUCGAAUGACGCCGGGGAUUCUGCAUUAGCCGCUUCAUCGCACGAUCGGUAAUCGCCGAAGCCGGGAAUUUCGGUCUUCCGCACGCGUCAUCCGACUUCUUUUUCUCCGUCUUCGGCGAUCACUCCGUGAGUCAUGCGCGAUGCAUCUGCAAUUCCCAGCUCUUAUUCGUCUCACUUGCCACGUUGUUAGCGCGACGAUUGGUCGCCGAUUUAUUCCCCCGUUAUCAAGCGAAAAUGAUUCGACUUCUCUCCGCCGUCUCUCGGAAAAGUCUGCGAAUCUUGAAGGACUAAAUAACAUCAUCGGGCCGCGCGGUCGUGCGAGAAGCGGCGACUUGCAACGACAGAAUGUUAGAACCGACGACAUACUACCGGUGUUUGUAAUAUUACUGAUCGUGCGGAAGAGAUGUGACUCUAGUCAUUCCGAAUUCGCGUCGCUCGGCGCGGCGGAGCUUCGAAUUGAAACUUUGGUUUAAUCAACGUGCAGUCGUUUCAUAAAUCUCGCGUAUAUCUGCGCUCUGCGUAUAAAAUAUAUCGUUGAGAUUAAGAGCGCACGGUUCGUAUAUUCACCCUCGAAAGGCGAAUUUAAACGAUUUACACUCGCGUAUUACAUGCAACGAUUGAUGUCAUAAAACGUGUAUUUUCGAAAAUCCCGUAAAUAAAGCGGUUUCAGAUUUCGAAACGUAAUUACGAAGCCAAUAUCGCGGCAUCCCCGCGGCUGCUCGUUUUAACGAACGAUUUUGCGAGAUUAACGCUAAUGUGUGCGCACCUUUAACAUCGAGAUCUGCAUAUUUAUCGUUUCAAAGUCUUUCCAGCACGGGCGACGCGAAUUGGCUCGCACGCUUCGCACCCUGCGACGCUUCCUUCGCCUUCAAGGACGAGCGGAUUAAAAACCCCUCGGAAGUGUAUUUCCCU